AUGAUCAUUCAACCACAGGUGCCUCCUGGUCAUAUAUGGGUCCAAGGAGACAAUUCAAGUAAUUCAAAGGACUCGAGAGAAUACGGGCCUAUACCAAUGGGAUUGAUUCGUGGAAAAGUAUUUUGUCGCGUCUUUCCUGAAUUCAAGAUGGUUUCGGGACGUGGGAUGAGAUUGUCGGAAAGGACGUGA